AUGUUGGGUGUCGCCAUCUUUUUAGUGGCCGGUUUAUUGCUGUCUUUCAUGCCAGCGAGCAAUGGCUGUUCCUGCGUCUUCAGACAUCCACAACAAGUUGUCUGCGAAUCUGAUUUCGUUAUCAAAGGAAUUCAAGUCGGAUCAAAAGGCGUCCCGAUUCCUGGCAGCAUCCCACCUUUUGGCGGUGAUGUUGUUUACGAUAUAUUGGUUAAAUAUGUCAUCAAGGGUGAAGGGAUAAAAGUCGGAGAUACUAUCAAAGUCAGGACAGGCUCGAGCAGUGCCGCUUGUGGUGUGAGCAUAACCGCUGGGGCCCUAUGGUUAUUAACAGGGAGAAAAACGGUAAGCGGGGAUAUCCCUUAUUCUAUCAGUUCAUGUGACUGGAAUACGGAAUGCUCCAACCUUACUCCACAGCAGAUAUCUUUCCUUCGUCCAAAAGGCCGAAAAUCGUAUUUCGGACGAAAAGACAAUUGCAAGAAUUGUAAAAUUGAGAGGUGUCCAGAUAAUGACUGCAGUAAACCGGCAGCUGGGCAGUGCCUAACUGAUGCAAAACCGUGUUAUGCACAAACUCUCAAGUGCCAAUACACAGGAAAGCGUUGCCGAUGGAGGAAAAGGAAAGAUGCGAAAAAAUGCUUCAAAAGCUUAAAUUAA